AUGGCCGAUUACAACAAACAGACGGUCGCGCAGCUGCGACAGCUGCUGAAAGACCGAGGCAUUCCCAGCACUGGCCUUACGAGAAAAGCGCAGAUCGUCGAGAAGCUAGAGGAAGUAGACGACGCUGGUGCUGGCGAACUUGAACCGGGCAAUGCCACCGAAGAUGUUGCGUCUGGUGCGGAACACCCUGAGCAGAACGAGGACCAAAGCGCGCAGGAAGAAGCUGUGCCCGAGGUACCACUUGAAGAAGCUGGAGAACCCAUGCAGACUGCAACAGAAGCGGAGGCAGAGGCAGAGCCGUCACCAGUCCCUGCACCAACAGCCGAUCGCUCGCCAGAAACGAUAUCACAUAUUGAAAGCGACGUGCCUCCACCAAACGACACAAAAGCGAUGGCACAACCAACCGAGGAUACCACAAUGGAGGAAGAAGCAGGAGGCCCUCAGCCCACACAGAUCUUUAGAGCUGCGCCCGCGGGCCCGGAGGACGACCAAGUCGGACCGCACAUCACUGAGCCCACAGAUGAAGAAGCCGAGGUAGAGGCGACAGAGCAGAAAGCGGACGCAGUGCAAGACGAGCUUCCAGGAGCUCCAGGACCGGCUGCCGAAGCUUUGAGGCUGGCACAGCCGGAGGCGUUGUAUGAAUCGCAAGACACAGCUAUGGAAGUCGAGACACCGUCGCCGGCACCGAACGAGCGAGUGACUGUAGAGAAGCCGGACCUUUUGCCCAUCCCAGAGAGGUCGACAGCCGAGACAUCGAGACUCAACACGGAGGAGUUGGAAGCUGACACAAGGAAGAGGAAGAGGAGAAGCAACUCGCCAGACCUCACAACCAAGGAGGUACUCGCGAAGAAGCCGAGGCCGGGGCAAGAGCCAGCUCCAGACGUCCACCUGAAAGAAGACGACGACACAGUCAUGGAGCAGCGAAGACCAGAGGACACCACUCCGGACACCAGACGAGAAAAGAGGGAGAACGUAAGCCGCUACAAAGAUCUUGUUCAGUCCACGUCCGACUUGGGCACAAACGCUCUGAACGACGACCGACCCACCAUCCCAGCCAUCCAUCCUGUAACGUCCGCCCUCUACAUCCGCAAUUUCAUGCGCCCGCUUCGUCCUGAACCUCUACGUGCCCACCUCAUAUCCCUCGCCUCUCCUCCAUCGUCCUCGCCCGACUCCACCAUCCUGUCAGCCCUUUUCCUCGACAACAUGAAGACCCACGCCCUCGCCCUCUUCACGUCGACGACAGCUGCAAGCCGUGUGCGCGCCAGCCUGCAUGGCUCCAUCUGGCCGCCCGAGGGGAACAGGAAAGAGCUCUGGGUCGACUUCAUCCCGGAGGAGCGAGUCGAAGCGUGGAUAAAGACGGAAGAAGACGCGCUUGCGGCGGAGAAAGAAGGGCGCGCGUCCGGCCGCCCCGUCGCCGCGAAGCGAUUCGAAGUCGUGUACAGCGAAGACUCUAACGGCGUGAGCGCCGUGCACCAAGAGACCGGGACCGGCGCGCCCGCCAACGCGCCGCGGGGGCCGAGGGCCAACGUCGACGACCGACGGCCGUCCAACGCACCCGCACCCGCACCCGUCCCCACGGCGCCGACAGAGGCGCUGAAGAAAGACGCCGAGGCGAGCUUCAGGACGCUGCACGACCUUUUCGAUUCCACGGCUGCGAAACCGCAGCUCUUCUACCUGCCUGUGUCGGAUGCCAUUGCGGACACAAGACGCAAGGAACUCGACGCCGAGACGAGUCGGGACUGGAAUCCCGCGGCCGUCAGGAAGGGAAGGGGCAUCAAAGUCGAAGCCAAGUACCGGUACACUUUCGACGAGGACGAUAGGAUUGUCGAGGCGGGCGAGGAUAGAGGGCCGUGGGCGGAGGACUUUAGAGGUGGGAGAGGGGGGUUCAGAGGGAGAGGAGGCUGGAGGGGCGGAAGAGGUGGCGGAUGGAGGGGUUGA